CGGCUUCUGUUACUCGCUCCGCGUGUGCCCGGGACCUCCUCCUCCCCCCCAGCCUCCUCCUCCUCCUCCCCCCCGGCCUCUCGGCGUCUCUCGCGCGGCGUCCCGCCACCUUCGCCGUGAACCCCUCGGCGGGGAGAGCGAGAGGGGAGGGGGAGACACAGAGAGAGACACACAGAGAGACACACAGAGAGAGAGAGACACAGAGAGAGAGAGAGCAAGAGUUGCUCGAGUGGGCUUUAUCCAGCCCUGAUGUGAGCAGGAAUCACGAAUGCUCUCAAGCACAGAGGUGGACUGAGCCCUGUGAUGAAGGCAGCAGUAGUGUCGCGGCGACUGGAGGAUGCCUGUGAAUGUCGGUACGGCGGUGUGCUACGACCAGCGCGCUCUUCCACCUUUGUCUCUCCCAUGAUGGGCGAGGAGUUGAGCGAGGAGCUAAGUGAGGAGCUGAGUAAAGAGCUGAGCGAGGAGCUGAGCGAGGAGCAGCAGCAGCAGCAGGAGGAGGAGGAGAAGGAUGGGGGAGGCUGUGCAGGGGUGGCAGGGCCCGGGCGCAGCGCGGAGGAGCCGGCGGCAGCGCUCCCGGCGGCCGUGAGAGCCCAGAUCGAGCGCAACCGCCAGCGAGCACUGCUCCUGCGGCAAGCACGCGCCGCCAGCCAGCCCUACCCCUCGGCCAGCGCUCGCUCACAGGUGGGCGCUGCGAGGCUGCGGGUGCCCGGCCGUGCGGUCGACACCGGCGGCGGUUUCCUGCUGGAGGAGGCGGACGAUGAGGAGGCGGCGGCGGCGGCUCACCGGGUGGUGCACACGCCAGCGCCCGUGAUGCAGGCGGACUACCUGCAGUGCGGGGAGUGCGAGCGACGCUUCAUGGACUCCUACCUGAGCGCCACAUUUGACUUGGCCGUGUGCGACGCGUGCAGGGACAACGAGGGCAAGCACCAGCUGGUGUCGCGCACGGAGGCCAAGACGGAGUUCCUGCUCAAAGACUGCGACCUGGACGGGCGGGAGCCGGCGCUGCGCUUCGUCCUGCGCAAGAACCCGCACAACCCGCGCUGGGGAGACAUGAAGCUCUACCUGCGCCUGCAGGUGGAGCGGCGCGCCCUGGACGUGUGGGGCGGCGAGGAGGCCCUGCAGGAGGCCCGCGAGCAGCGGCACCGCGGCCGCGACCGGCGGCAGCAGAAGCGCUUCAACAACAAGGUCAAGGAGCUGCGCAUGGCGGUGAGGAGCAGCCUAUACCGCAAGGCCAGCGCGGGCCACGUGCACGAGUACGGCCCCGAGCAGCGCGACGAAGCGGACGAGGACGCGUACCACAGGACUUGCGUGCAGUGCGGCCACCGCCUCGCCUACGAGAAGAUGUGAGAGCGGCGCCGCGCCGGUGCUCGUGGACCGGGGGAGCGGUCCGGGGUUGUCGCCGGCGUGGCCCCGGAGCCGAGUCGCAUCAGGGACCGAGACCCGAGGGAAGCGGUGGAGGAGCUACCGGGGAGAGGACACGAGGAGUGGUAUUUUUCCAGUCCAAUAAUAAAGUGAAGCAAAAGGUGCUUGGCUCUGUGGAGCUGGGAGCUCGUGCGGAGCAAGGGAUGUUUUAUAGACGAGUCGAGCGGUUUGCCACGCAAGGGUGAGCUAUAAGGAAACUAAACUGCUAGCUUUUUCCAAUGAACAGCCUUUUAAUGCCAAACACUACCUACCCGAGGAUGCACAGAGUGUGUAUUUUGAUGCAAGUUGUGAUUGUGGUCUGAUAAACACCGCCCCAGUGGAGUGGUUUUUACCGGAGGCCCUCUCGAUGGCAGUGCGCCCCACGCUGCCCCGCGUUGGUCCGUCGCGAGCGCCCGGCGGCGUCUCCACGUGCGCACGCGUGGGUCUCCAUGGGCGCCUCGCGGGAGCCACGUAACUAACAACACGGCGGCACGCGGCACGCGCCAGACAGCGCCCAGAGGGGCCGCCAGGCAACUUGGCCCACAGCGAGGGCGAGGCAAACAAACCCCUCGCACAUUCACCCACUCGCUCGCUCACCCAUUCACCCACCACUCGCACAUUCACCCACUCGCUCACCCACCACUCGCUCACCCACCACUCGCUCACCCACUCGCUCACCCACUCGCUCACCAUUCACCCGCACAUUCACUCGCUCACCCACUCGCUCACCCACCACUCACACAUUCACCCACUCGCUCACCCACCAUUCACACAUUCACCCACUCGCUCACCCACCAUUCACUCGUACACUUGGGAGACAUUGUUGUUGACCCCGCCGUGUGAAUGGGCCGUGCUCGUGAAUGAAUGCUGCCUGGUUCCGUUUGGCUGCUCGCCCUGUGGGAUAGCCAAGCCGAGUGUUGAUGAAGAAUAGGGUGUAAGCAGACGGUGUGUGCAGAAUGCCCUGAACCUGGAGGUCGAAGAUUGUCCAAAUACGCGCGUACAAGAAACACUCCCUCACAAGGGAGUGGGGACCAACAUCCCACUCGGUGUACGGCCCUCCGGGAGAGGAAAAACGAGUUGAUCUCAGAGAAUAGAAAAUAAUCUGUCCCCCGUCCUUUGGCGAGAUCCUCGUGGGCUGGAGACGCCGCGCCAACCUCGCCCGGCGAGCCGCUCUGCACCGCCCGCCACCGGGCCGAGACGCCGUCUCUCGGGUGGCGCACAGCGCCCGUCACGCUGCGGCUGCACGUGCCGGACGUCCACGCCCGUCAACACGUCCGGGACUUCGACUCAACGGGCCCUCAACGUCGGCUGGGAUGGACGCGACGCCGGGACUCGCGUGGUGGGAGAAUCAGCCGCACGAGGCGGUCGCGAGGCGGUGAUCGACGAUUAUGUAAUCGUGGAUAGGAACUGGUUUGAAAAUGGACAUCGUGUUUACAUAUCUAUGAUGAAUUCAGGCAGAGCAGAGUCACGACUCCUUAUCUGAUAAAAUAAAAAAAUUUAGUUUUACAGUUUAGAUCAUGGGUGGUUUACUCAGCAGUCGACAGACUGAUAGGAAUGCGCAAGACCGGCAGUCGUCGUGGUUGUGUGGCGUGCCCUUGGUUGUAACAGGUCUGUUCGGAGCGGGUGUCCGCGUGUGAAAGCGGCGAAUGCGUUGCUAAGCUGCGGCCCCCCAAGGAGGAGUGGAUUCGUGCGGAGGCCAUCGGAGCGCUGCUGGCGGAGGCCCUCGGCACUCGCGAGCCGAGGACGCCGCUGCGGCAGAGCACGCAGAGCAGAGCACGCAGAGCAGAGCACGCGAGUCCACGUAACUUGUGUGCUCGCUGCUGCACGCGGACACGACGACACAAGCGCAUGCCCCGUGCUGUAUCACACCACACGACACUGGACUGCCAUUAGAUAACAAGGUUUUGCUGGCUGACUGGAGGGGAGGGACGGCCAUGUCCAUCGCCUUUCUGUAAAUAUCAAGAUAGAACUGGCCUUGCUGCUGUACCUACAUCACCAAACCACACGUGGUGGCCUCAACCAUCUCACUGAAGGCCACUUGGGGGCCUUGCAACCUCCACUUCAUACAAACUCGCCACCGAUAUCUCGCCUACACCACGUGUGGAUGUUGUCGGCCAAGAGGGCGUUUAAUCGGCUUACUUGAUGUUUGUGUCAGAUCACGAAAGUCAAAUGUGUAGUAAACCCUCCACCUCACAACCAAUUAAUAACGCUAUCACGUGCACAAACAUGGCAGGUUAUUACUGCUUCAGCAGCACCACCGGUGGUGGUCGGAGAGCAACCUACACCACGCUAACCCAUUGGGGCUACAGAUGUCUCGCUGGUACGGAGCCAGCAUCAUCAGGCAGUGGUCACAAAUAUGAAAAUGCCCCCUCGUCUUGCGCCUUGAAUGUUGCAGUGUUGUUAUAGGUGUCGUGCUAAAUGUUAAUCUGAGAUACUGGUGGACAUGGUCAUGAUUAAAUCACUGAGAUGAAGAA